UCUCACGGUGCCAAGAUGGCGGCGGCGGCGGGCGGCGGCAGUUGCCCCGGGCCUGGCUCCGCGCGGGGCCGCUUCCCGGGCCGGCCGCGGGGCUCCGGCGGGGGCGGGGGCCGCGGCGGACGGGGCAGCGGAGCCGAGAGAGUGCGGGUAGCUCUGCGGCGCGGCGGCGGCGCGACGGGGCCGGGCGGAGCCGAGCCUGGGGAGGACACGGCCCUGCUCCGUUUGCUGGGGCUCCGCCGGGGCCUGCGCCGGCUCCGCCGCCUGUGGGCCGGCCCGCGCAUUCAGCGGGGCCGAGGCAGGGGCCGGGGCCGGGGCUGGGGCCCCAGCCGGGGCUGCGUGCCUGAGGAGAGCAGUGACGAGGAAUCCGACGAUGAGGAGUUUCAGGGUUUUCAUUCAGAUGAAGAUGUGGCCCCCAGUUCCCUGCGCUCUGCGCUCCGAUCCCAGCGAGGUCGAGCCCCCCGAGGUCGGGGCCGCAAGCAUAAGACGACCCCCAUUGCGCCUCCUCGCCUAGCAGAUGUUGCUCCUACCCCCCCAAAGACUCCUGCCCGGAAACGGGGUGAGGAAGGCACAGAACGGAUGGUACAGGCACUGACUGAACUUCUCCGGCGGGCCCAGGCACCCCCAGCCCCCCGGGGCCGGACAUGUGAGCCUUCCACUCCACGUCGGUCUCGGGGACGGCCCCCAGGACGGCCAGCAGGCCCCUGCAGGAAGAAGCAACAAGCAGUAGUGGUGGCAGAAGCAGCUGUGACAAUCCCCAAACCCGAGCCCCCACCUCCUGUGGUUCCAGUAAAACACCGAACUGGCAGCUGGAAGUGCAAGGAGGGGCCCGGCCCAGGACCUGGGACCCCUAAGCGUGGAGGACAGGCUGGGCGAGGAGGCCGUGGAGGUAGAGGCCGAGGCCGAGGCGGGCUCCCUCUCGUCAUCAAGUUUGUUUCAAAGGCCAAAAAAGUGAAGAUGGGACAGUUGUCCUUGGGAGUUGAAUCAGGUCAGGGUCAAGAUCAACGUGAGGAAAGCUGGCAGGAUGCCCCCCAAGGAAGAGCUGGAUCUGGACAGGGAGAGGGCCCCUGCUGGAGGAAAGAGCAAAAGCUGGAGGAGGAGAGAGAGAAGGAGACAGAAGAGGAGAAAGGCAAGGAGAAGGAGGAAGAGAAGGUAGAGGGAGCUGGACCUGAAGAGAUGAUGCUGGCGGAGGAAAAGGAAGAGGCAGAGCUGCCAUCCCCACCCUCGACUCCUCCAGAGCCUCCAGCCCCUGCAGCCCCUGCAGCCCCUCCACCCGCUCCACCCCCUCCACCCCUUCCGUCUCCUCCAUCUCUUCCACCUCCUCCACCCCCUCCACCCCCACCACCCCCACCGCCCCCACCACCCCUUCCACCUCUCUCUCCUCCCUCAACUUCUCCUUCAUCCCCACUGUGUCCUCCACCACCCCCAGUGUCCCCUCUGCCUCCACCAUCACCUCCACCACCUCCUGCCCCAGAGGAGCAGGAAGAAUCCCCUCCUCCAGUGGUUCCAGCUACAUGCUCCAGGAAGAGGGGCCGGCCUCCCCUGACUCCCAGCCAGCGGGCAGAGCGAGAAGCUGCUCGGGCAGUGCCAGAAGGUACUCCUCCCACUCCAACCCCCAGCACCACCACGGGAGGCCCUCUGGAAGACAGCCCCACUGUGGCCCCCAAAAGUACCACCUUCCUGAAGAAUAUCCGGCAGUUUAUUAUGCCCGUGGUGAGUGCCCGCUCCUCCCGUGUCAUCAAGACACCCCGGCGAUUUAUGGACGAAGACCCCCCCAAGCCCCUAAAGGUAGAAGUCUCACCUACUCUGCGGCCUCCUGUUGCCAUGUCCCCACUCGCCCCCCCAGAACCGGCACCAGCUCCCUCUCCACCGCGUGCCCCAACUCCCCCCUCUACCCCAGUCCCGCUUCCUGAAAAGAGACGGUCCAUUCUAAGGGAACCCACAUUUCGCUGGACCUCACUGACCCGGGAACUGCCCCCUCCUCCUCCUGCUCCUCCACCGGCCCCACCUCCACUUCCUGCCCCUGUCACUCCAUCCCGGAGGCCCCUGCUCCUUCGGGCGCCUCAGUUUACCCCAAGCGAAGCCCACCUGAAGAUCUACGAAUCGGUGCUUACUACUCCUCUUGGGGCCCCUGAAGCCCCUGAGCCAGAGCCUCCUCCCGCCGAUGACUCUCCAGCUGAGCCUGAGCCACGGGCAGUGGGCCGCACCAACCACCUCAGCCUGCCUCGAUUUGCCCCUGUGGUCGCCACUCCUGUCAAGGCCGAGGUGCCCCUUCCUGGGGCGCCAACUCUGAGCAAUGGGCAGCAGCCUCAGCCUCAGGCUCAGGCUCAGCUACAGCUACAGCAGCCCCUACAGGCCUUGCAAACCCAGCUGCUGCCCCAGGCGUUACCACCACAGCAGCCACAAUUACAGCCACAGUUACAACUGCAGCCACAGCCGCCACCACAGCAGCCGCCACCACUGGAAAAGGCCCGUGUUGCAGGCUUGGGUUCCUUACCACUGUCUGGUGUGGAGGAGAAAAUGUUCAGCCUCCUCAAGAGAGCCAAGGUGCAGCUGUUCAAGAUCGAUCAGCAGCAGCAGCAGAAGGUGGCGUCUUUGUUGCCGCCGAGCCCUGGAGGGCAGAUGGAGGAAGUCGUGGGGACUGUCAAGCAACUCUCAGAUAGAGGUUCUGUCAGGUCUGAAGAUGAAUCGAUGGAAACUAAGAGAGAGAGACCGUCGGGCCCCGAGUCCCCCGUGCAAGGCCCCCGCAUCAAACAUGUCUGUCGUCAUGCUGCUGUGGCCCUAGGUCAGGCCCGGGCCAUGGUGCCCGAAGACGUCCCCCGCCUCAGUGCUCUUCCUCUACGGGAUCGGCAGGACAUCGCCACGGAGGAUACGUCAUCAGCAUCUGAGACUGAGAGUGUCCCAUCACGGUCUCGGCGGGGAAAGGUGGAGUCAGCAGGGCCUGGGGGAGACUCAGAGCCUGCCGGGUCUGGAGGGACCCUGGCCCAAACGCCCCGGCGCUCGCUGCCCUCCCAUCAUGGCAAGAAGAUGCGGAUGGCACGGUGUGGACACUGUCGGGGCUGCCUGCGUGUGCAGGACUGUGGGUCCUGUGUCAACUGCCUGGACAAGCCCAAGUUUGGGGGCCCCAACACCAAGAAGCAGUGCUGUGUAUACCGGAAGUGUGACAAGAUAGAGGCUCGGAAGAUGGAACGGUUGGCUAAAAAAGGCCGGACGAUAGUGAAGACGCUGUUGCCCUGGGAUUCCGAUGAAUCUCCUGAGGCCUCCCCUGGUCCUCCAGGCCCACGCCGGGGGGCGGGAGCUGGGGGGCCCCGGGAGGAGGUGGUGGCCCCCCCAGGGCCCGAGGAGCAGGACUCCCUCCUACUGCAGCGCAAGUCAGCCCGGCGCUGCGUCAAACAGCGACCCUCCUAUGAUAUCUUCGAGGACUCGGAUGACUCAGAGCCUGGGGGUCCCCCUGCUCCCCGGCGUCGGACCCCCCGAGAGAAUGAGCUACCAGUACCAGAACCUGAGGAGCAGAGCCGGCCCCGCAAACCCACCCUGCAGCCUGUGUUGCAGCUUAAGGCCCGAAGGCGCCUGGACAAGGACGCUCUGGCCCCUGGCCCCUUUACUUCUUUUCCCAAUGGUUGGACUGGAAAACAGAAGUCCCCUGACGGAGUGCACCGGGUCCGUGUGGAUUUUAAGGAGGAUUGUGACCUGGAGAACGUGUGGCUGAUGGGCGGCCUCAGUGUGCUCACCUCCGUGCCAGGGGGGCCGCCAAUGGUGUGCUUGCUGUGUGCCAGUAAAGGCCUGCAUGAGCUGGUGUUCUGCCAAGUCUGCUGUGACCCUUUCCAUCCGUUCUGUCUGGAGGAGGCCGAACGGCCCCUGCCCCAACAUCAUGACACCUGGUGCUGCCGCCGCUGCAAGUUUUGCCACGUCUGUGGGCGCAAAGGCCGGGGAUCCAAGCACCUCCUGGAGUGUGAGCGCUGCCGCCAUGCUUAUCAUCCAGCCUGCCUGGGGCCCAGCUACCCAACCCGGGCCACACGCAAACGGCGCCACUGGAUCUGCUCAGCCUGCGUACGCUGUAAGAGCUGUGGGGCGACUCCAGGGAAGAACUGGGACGUCGAGUGGUCUGGAGAUUACAGCCUCUGCCCCAGGUGCACCCAGCUCUAUGAGAAAGGAAAUUUCUGCCCAAUCUGCACACGCUGCUAUGAAGACAACGACUACGAGAGCAAGAUGAUGCAGUGUGCACAGUGUGACCACUGGGUGCACGCCAAGUGCGAGGGACUCUCGGAUGAAGAUUAUGAGAUCCUUUCUGGGCUGCCAGACUCCGUGCUAUAUACCUGCGGACCGUGUGCGGGGGCCACGCACCCCCGCUGGCGAGAGGCCCUGAGUGGGGCCUUGCAGGGGGGCCUACGCCAGGUGCUCCAGGGCCUACUGAGCUCCAAGGUGGCGGGCCCAUUGCUGCUGUGCACUCAGUGUGGGCAGGCUGGAAAGCAGCUGCACCCGGGGCCCUGUGAUCUGCAAGCCGUGAGUCGGCGGUUCGAGGAAGGCCACUACAAGUCCGUGCACAGCUUUAUGGAGGACAUGGUGGGCAUCCUGAUGAAGCACUCAGAAGAAGGAGAAACCCCAGAGCGCCGGGCUGGAGGCCAGAUGAAGGGGCUCCUACUGAAGCUGCUAGAGUCUGCGUUCGGCUGGUUCGACGCCCAUGACCCCAAGUACUGGCGACGGAGUACCCGGCUGCCGAACGGAGUUCUUCCCAAUGCCGUGUUACCUCCAUCCUUGGACCAUGUCUACGCUCAGUGGAGGCAGCAGGAACCAGAGACCCCAGAAUCAGGGCAGCCUCCAGGGGACCCCUCAGCAGCUUUUCAGGGCAAGGAUCCAGCUGCUUUCUCACACCUGGAGGAUCCCCGUCAGUGUGCGCUCUGCCUCAAAUAUGGGGAUGCAGACUCUAAGGAGGCGGGACGGCUCCUAUACAUUGGGCAGAAUGAGUGGACACAUGUCAACUGUGCCAUUUGGUCAGCUGAAGUGUUUGAGGAAAAUGAUGGCUCCCUCAAAAACGUGCAUGCUGCUGUAGCUCGAGGGAGGCAGAUGCGCUGUGAGCUCUGCCUGAAGCCUGGAGCCACGGUGGGCUGCUGCCUUUCCUCCUGCCUCAGCAACUUCCACUUCAUGUGCGCCCGGGCCAGCUACUGCAUCUUCCAGGACGACAAGAAAGUUUUCUGCCAGAAACACACAGACCUGCUGGAUGGCAAGCAACCCCAUUUGCCACCCACCUCCCAGGAGAUUGUGACCCCCGAUGGGUUUGAUGUUCUCCGCCGAGUCUAUGUGGACUUUGAGGGCAUCAACUUUAAGCGAAAGUUCUUGACGGGGCUCGAACCUGAUGCCAUCAAUGUGCUCAUUGGUUCCAUCCGAAUUGACUCCUUGGGUACCCUGUCUGAUCUCUCGGACUGCGAGGGACGGCUCUUCCCCAUUGGCUACCAGUGCUCCCGUCUGUACUGGAGCACAGUGGAUGCUCGGCGACGCUGCUGGUAUCGGUGUCGUAUUCUGGAGUAUCGUCCGUGGGGUCCAAGGGAAGAGCCAGUUCACCUGGAGGCAGCAGAGGAGAACCAGACCAUUGUGCACAGCCCUACCCCUUCCUCAGAACCCCCGGAUCAUGUGGACCCCCCGCCAGAUACAGAUGCCCUCAUCCCUGGAGCUCCUGAGCACCACUCACCUGUUCAGAACCUGGACCCCCCACUUCGGCCAGAUCUCAGCAUUGCCCCUCCUCCAGCCCCCCGUUCCUUCUCAGGGGCUCGAAUCAAAGUGCCCAACUACUCACCAUCCCGGAGGCCCUUGGGGGGUGUCUCCUUUGGACCCCUGCCCUCCCCUGGAAGUCCAUCUUCUCUGACCCACCACAUCCCUACGGUGGGAGACCUGGACUUUCCAGCUCCCCCCAGACGUUCCCGUCGUCCCAGCCCCCUGACCCCAAGGCUGCCACCGUCGCGGCGGGCCUCUCCCCCUCUCAGAACCUCCCCACAGCUCAGGGUGCCCCCUCCUACCUCAGUCGUUAGAGCCCUCACACCUACCUCAGGGGAGCUGGCUCCCCCUGGCCCAGCCCCGUCUCCUCCACCACCCCCUGAAGACCUGGGCCCAGACUUUGAGGACAUGGAGGUGGUGUCAGGACUGAGUGCUGCUGACCUGGACUUUGCGGCCAGCCUGCUGGGGACUGAGCCCUUCCAGGAAGAGAUUGUGGCCGCAGGGGCAGUGGGGAGCAGCCACGGGGGUCCAGGGGACAGCUCAGAGGAGGAGGCUAGCCCUACCCCCCGCUAUGUCCACUUCCCUGUGACUGUGGUGUCUGGCCCUGCCCUGGCCCCUGGUGCCCUCCCUGGAACCCCCCGCAUCGAACAGCUGGACGGAGUGGAUGACGGCACAGACAGCGAGGCAGAGGCAGUCCAGCAGCCUCGGGGCCAGGGGACUCCUCCUUCAGGGCCAGGAGUGGGCCGGGCUGGGGUCAUCGGGGCUGCAGGGGACAGAACCCGACCUCCUGAGGACUUGCCGUCAGAAAUUGUGGAUUUUGUGUUGAAGAACCUAGGAGGGCCUGGAGAGGGAGGUGCUGGACCCAGAGAGGAACCCCUCCCCCCAGCACCUCCCCUGGCCAAUGGCAGCCAGCCUUCCCAGGGCCUACCCCCUAGCCCAGCUGACCCCACUCGGACGUUUGCCUGGCUCCCUGGGGCCCCAGGGGUCCGGGUAUUGAGCCUGGGCCCUGCCCCCGAGCCCCCCAAACCCGCCACAUCCAAAAUCAUCCUUGUCAACAAGUUGGGGCAAGUGUUUGUGAAGAUGGCUGGGGAGGGUGAACCCGUCUCACCCCCAGUGAAGCAGCCACCUCUGCCCCCUCCCAUCCCCCCUACAGCCCCUGCUUCCUGGACUCUGCCCCCAGGACCGCUGCUGGGUGUGUUGCCAGUGGUAGGGGUGGUCCGCCCCGCCCCACCCCCACCCCCUCCUCCACUGACCCUGGUGUUGAGCAGUGGACCCCCCAGCCCACCCCAUCAGGCCAUCCGCGUCAAGAGGGUGUCCACCUUCUCUGGCCGUUCCCCACCAGCGCCUCCCCCAAACAAGACUCCCCGGCUGGAGGAAGAUGGAGAGUCCUUGGAGGAUGCCCCCCAGGGUCCAGGGCUUAGUGGCAGCGGGUUUAGCCGAGUAAGGAUGAAAACGCCCACAGUGCGUGGAGUUCUUGACUUGGAUGAGCCUGGGGAGCCCACGGGGGAGGAAAGCCCAAGGCCCCUCCAGGACCGGUCCCCUCUGCUGUCACUCCCAGAAGGUGGUCCUCCUCGGGCCCCUGAUGGUCCCCCCGACCUGCUGCUUGAGUCCCAGUGGCACCACUACUCAGGUGAGGCUUCGAGCUCCGAGGAAGAGCCUCCAUCCCCAGAGGACAAAGAGAACCAGGCCCCCAAACGGGCUGGCCCACAUCUACGCUUUGAGAUCAGCAGUGAGGAUGGGUUCAGCGUGGAGGCAGAGAGCUUGGAGGGGGCAUGGAGAACUCUGAUUGAGAAGGUGCAAGAGGCCCGAGGGCACGCCCGCCUCCGACAUCUCUCCUUCAGUGGAAUGAGCGGGGCAAGGCUCCUGGGCAUCCACCACGACGCUGUCAUCUUCCUGGCAGAGCAGCUUCCCGGGGCCCAGCGCUGCCAGCACUAUAAGUUCCGCUACCACCAGCAGGGAGAGGGCCAGGAGGAACCACCCCUGAAUCCCCACGGGGCAGCCCGUGCCGAGGUCUAUCUCCGGAAGUGUACCUUUGACAUGUUCAACUUCCUGGCCUCCCAGCACCGGGUGCUCCCUGAGGGAGCCACCUGUGACGAGGAAGAGGAUGAGGUGCAGCUCAGGUCAACCAGACGUGCCACCAGCCUGGAGCUGCCCAUGGCCAUGCGCUUUCGCCACCUCAAGAAGACAUCCAAAGAGGCUGUGGGUGUCUACAGAUCUGCCAUCCAUGGGCGGGGCCUGUUCUGUAAGCGCAACAUCGAUGCCGGCGAGAUGGUCAUUGAGUAUUCCGGUAUCGUCAUUCGCUCUGUGCUGACUGACAAGCGGGAGAAGUUCUACGACGGGAAGGGUAUCGGGUGCUACAUGUUCCGCAUGGAUGACUUUGAUGUGGUGGAUGCCACAAUGCACGGCAAUGCUGCCCGCUUCAUCAACCACUCGUGUGAGCCCAACUGCUUCUCUCGAGUCAUCCACGUGGAGGGCCAGAAGCACAUCGUCAUCUUCGCCCUACGCCGCAUCCUGCGUGGUGAGGAGCUCACCUAUGACUACAAGUUCCCCAUUGAGGAUGCCAGCAACAAGCUGCCCUGCAACUGUGGCGCCAAGCGCUGCCGUCGGUUCCUGAACUGAAGCCGUGGCUGCCCACCACACCCCCUGCUGCCAUCUUGCCCCUCGUCUGGGGGCUCCCUCGUCCCUCCCAUAGCAUCUCACCCCCACCCUCCUGUUCAGGGUGGAUGUGGGCAUGCAGGUGGCAAAGGCCCUGCCUCCACCCCACCCAGCAAUCGCCCCCUUCCUGCCCUGGGGGCCCAGGAUGUAGAUACUGUACAAAGGUUUCUAAAUCCCUUCUUUUCUAUGCACUUUUUUAUUUAAGAGGGUGGGAUCCCAGGUGGGAACCUCCCGUAAUAAAGUCUGUCAAUGUUUGGAGA